UCAGUCCCUUGAGCACGGAGAAACGUCACUGCGGAGGACGGUGUGGUGACGUCGACAGUGGGAGGGAAGCGGAUGCAUCACCCAAAUGUGGGGCUUUUUUUUUUUGGGAGGAGGGUGCGGGGUGCAAUUAGGGCUCUGUGGAUUGUUGGGCUUGGAUCAAUAACACACUGCAGGAGAAUUUAACACAGGCUUCUGUGGGACUUUUCACUCGCGUUCCAGUGGAAGGUGGGGAAAGCACGAACUGAUGUUGCAGAAACACAGGAGGCAACUUUAAAAGGAAACGCUAAUAUCGCGUGCGUGAGGUAGCUGCGGCGUGGACGCGCAGGAGUGGGGGUGUAGCCUGCGAGCCUGUGGUAAUAGGCUGCGAGGGAGAGAGAGGGAGUGGGAGUGGGGGCAGACGUGGACAGUGAUGCUGCGCGCUGUCUUCUUGCUAAAUGAGGAUUGUCUUUUCCCAGUUUGAGCAGCAGCAGGGCUUCUCCACCUUUCCAGCGAGGAUCUAUAAUUUACACAGCAACAGCGGGGCGUCCGUGGGAUCUUCUCCAUCAUCAUCAUCAUCAGCAGCAGCAGCAGCAUCUGCGCUGGAUCCAGCCCCGCGCUGCCGCUUGUUCUGCUGCUGCUCCAUCGCCAGGCGACCAGAGGAGGAGAACAUCUGACCAAGCGGGCCAUGUGCACCACGACAUGUAUGCGUGAAUUCAUGCGGUGACACAAGAAGGGAGGAAUGGAGCAGCUGUCAACGCAUUCCUGUAGACGCACCGACGGUGAUUCGUUGCAGACUGUCGUGUAGAGAGAGAGAGAGAGUGGAGGGGAAAAAAAAAACCUUCAUACGCAGCAGCCCAUCCAGCACAUUCGCUUUUUAUUCCAGCGAGAAGCGAUCAGUGGUCAGGUGUCGCCUUUCAUUUCAGCCACAACAAUGGGGGAGCAGCCCAUCUACAGCACGAGGGCCCACGUCUUCCAGAUCGACCCCAACACCAAGAAGAACUGGCUCCCCGCAAGCAAGCACGCCGUCACUGUGUCCUACUUCUACGACAGCACGCGCAACGUCUACCGGAUCAUCAGCCUGGACGGAACCAAGGCAAUAAUCAACAGCACCAUCAGUCCGAACAUGACGUUCACAAAGACGUCACAGAAGUUUGGUCAGUGGGCGGACAGUCGAGCGAACACUGUCUACGGACUGGGUUUCUCCACCGAGCAUCAUCUGUCAAAGUUUGCAGAGAAGUUUGCAGAGUACAAAGAAGCAGCGCGGCUUGCCAAGGAGAAGAGCCAGGAGAAGAUGGAGAUGGCCACGUCUCCCUCUCAAGAGUCUCCGGCCGGUGAGCUCGCCUCCCCCCUCACCCCUUUGACUCCCCCCAUGGAAAACAUCAACGGCACGGAUGAGAUCUGCGACACGACUCCCAACUCGGACAGCCGUCCGGAGCCGGCGCAGAACGCUCUGGCUUUCGCACACAGGGAGCAGCUUAAGACUUGUCGGGUCUGCUCUUUCUGAUAGUCCCGACUGCUGCGACACCGUGACUUCUCUAAACACACACACACACACACACGCACAUACACAAAUCACAACAGUUUUAGAUGUAAUGUUUUUCUAAAAUAAGAGCCUGACUUCAGGUUUGCAGAAGGGUGGGUGCUGUUUUACAAUACAUCAUGCACUGAAUAUUUAUUACUCAAACAUAAGAAUAAAACACUGAAACUCCUGCAAGGAGGGAUGCAAUGAAAUGGGUCAUAAGACAUUUUUUACUGGAAUUAUAGCAUUUCCAUACUGUUCAAUUGUUCCAACCAGCAAGCAAUGUAACUUAGAUUGUUUCUCAGGACUGAAGAACCAUUAUCCACUUUUUCUUUUUUUGUCUAAUCUGAGCAUGCUCUCUGAGGAACCUCACACAGUGUUUAGCUGCAGAGCCUUGCUAAUACACAUACGCUCUCUUGGAUUGGCUUCAUAUUUUGUCACGUUACAAUCACAAAAUUCAAUGCAUUUUGAUGCAUUUAUUUGUUGCAACAAGGUAUUUUCUUAAUGUAGAAGGACAUUUUUUUUUUAAUAAAUAAAAAUCUAAAAAGUGUGGUGUGCAUUUGUAUUCAAACUAUCUGGGUCAAUAAUUUGUGAAAACAUCAUUUGUGUUUUUUGGGGUGUAUCGUGGACAUGUAGAGGUUAAUAUUUGUGCCCAUUCUUGUUUUCCAAAUUGGAUUUAAUCCCGAAUGUUGACAUGUUGUUAUAAACCAAGAGCUUCUUCCAUUAAUCAAGUUUUUAUUGGAGAAAAGAAAAUCUUGUGUUGGUCCAUCACUUUUGGUAAUUGUGAUCGUAACGUGACAAACCGUGUGGAAAAGUUUCAAGGGGUACGAACGCGCUCGCGUAUUUGUAUGGCUACUGCAGUGCAAUAACAUGAAUGCAAAUUCAAAUCUCUUGUCUGAGUCGGUGUUGCUGUGACACCUAUGCAUGCACAAUUACCGCUGUACACAUUCCUCCGAGUCUUGUGAGCAAACUGCAAACUAAAAUGUGAUUUCCAACCUUUGCUGAUGUGCACCUGUCUCUGUAAGACGUCGCUCGGGCUCACUGUGGUGUGAAAUGGCUCCGAAAGGUGCGGCUGCGGGGUUCGUCGCCAAAAAUGUGUCGACGAAGUGUUUAUGUAAGACUUAUAUAACACAAUGUGGGUAGUGGGAGGCAUGGAAAGAGCAAGACAGACACACAGAUUGUGUGUGUCAGAGAGGAUCUCGAUUUGUAUAAAGUCUGUACGUGAGUCACCGAUACCUAAAUGUCCAGGAUCAGCGCACAGUGCAUCGCUGAAGUAAAUAAAGUGAAGAGAGAGAGAGAGAAAGAGGGCGGGGCAUCAGUUUGAGUUGUUUAAAAGAGUAAAGUCUUAUUUUGUCGUGAAAUGUACACCACAAGCUUUUCCUUUUUGUGAAAUAUCUGUAACUUUGUGCCACUUCUAUUAUUGUCUGUAGCUGGGAUUCAUUUUAAUUAAAGAUGUCAAUUCCUGACUUAAAAUAUGGUUGUUCUGGUGUUUGAGUGACGAAGCUUAGUGUGUUUUUAAAUACAGCUCUGGUCAAAGGUUUGCAUACACUCACUCCUGGCAUGAAUGUCUUUCAUUUUAGGUCCCAAAUGAUGCAUUCGGACAGUUUCCUCUUUCAGGGUUGAAGGACGGUACAUGAGUGAUUUUUAACAAGAACUUGAGGGAAAAGUUUGCAUUUGCUCGUGGAUUUCUUUUAAACCACACAGGGUCGAAAUUGUACGUACAGAUUCAAAUGUAUAAAUACAUUUUCACUAUAUGUUCUUCAGCACGUUGUAGGGAAACUACACACUUUCUUUCACCCUAAUCAAACUUCAGGUGUAAUUUUUGGCUGGAUGACUACCUUUCUAUGCAGAAUUACCAGAUUUUAUCUAAAUUGUUUAGUUUUCUUGAGUGGGUCAAAGCUUCUCACCCACUUUGCGUACAGCUGAGAUUGGGGGCUUUCCAGAAAACCUUAAUGUAAGCUUGUUUCAUCCAAUUUAAUACCAUUUUGAGUGUGUUUUUGAGGUUAUUGGUUUGUGUUUAAGUUUCAACCAUCUGUUUAUUUUAUAUAAAACUUGAAGAAUUUGUUUGGAAUCCCACUUCCUUAUCCUUAUUCCAUCUAUUUUGUGCAAUGGCCAGUGUCACUGUGUCAGGGGGGUUAGCAGAGUCACCCCCCAGCAUGACUCUGCCACCACUAUGCUCCACAGUUGAUACAGUGCUCCUAUAGUUUGAAAGUCUAAACUUUACUCAUUUGACCGUGAAGUUUUUCUCCAUAAGAGAGAUGGUCAUUAAAGGUAAAAGUGGCAAAUUUGAGAUAAUAUGAAAGCGUCAUUUUGGCCUAUUUUCACAGUUUGCAGCCCCUCAGGCUACGUUAAAAUGAAACUUCCUUUGCUGUUCAUGAUAAGUUUUUUGCCGUGUUUGUUCCUAAGUUUUUCCUGAACAUUUUAAUGUCCAGCAAGUUUGGGUUUAAUGGUUGAAACUUAAUGCCAAUUAGGUGUUCCAAGAGAGCAAUGAUCCCAAACAAUCAUCAAACUUGGUCUUAAAAUUGAUAAAUUACGAUUUAAGGAGCUCUUAGAAUGAUGCAAAACUCUAUUGAAGUCUGAUGCAAUGAACUUUAUCUCUACAAAGACAAGUGGUAAAAAAUAUAUAUAUAUAUAUCCAGAUAUAUAUAUCCAAGUAUUGAUGACAGUGUAUCUGUAUAUUUGAACCUGAUCGUAUUCCUGCGACUUUGUGAGGAUUAAAGAAAGCUCAGGUAUAAUUUCAAAACUGAACACCAAAUUCAUGUCCAGGUGUUUGUUGUAUCAUCAUUUGACUGUUAAGAGCAAACGCUUUGAAUGCUUAUCAAAAUCAAAAUAUUACGACAUUAAUGCCCACAGUGAGGCUUUUGCAAACUCCUGACCAUGCAGGAAAACAUAAACAUCCAGAGAUUAUCAGACAGAUUUCUGGUUGUUGUUGAAGUACCCUACCAUUAUGUAAAGCUGCACAGAUCAGUGCAGCGAGAGAGAGAGAGAGAGAGAGAGAGAGAGAGAGAGAGAGAGAGAGAGAGAGAGAGGGGGAGAGAGAGAUAUCUGGAUGUGGAGAGGACACCCACUGCCUGCUGCAGCCUUGCUGGUGUUUCUAUUAAUGCUGCGUGCGUGGGAGACGGGGUCGACUCUGCAAGUGUGCAUGUAACAAGCUAACCUCACUCACAUUUUCACAGAUAUGCCGCAACAGUGGAUGUGAGAAUCAUAAAGCUUUGCUGCUUUUAUUUCUCUGACUCACAUCUUCCUACAUGCACCAGCUACACAACAAGGUUCAUCACGUGUUAUUUCUACUUGUUGAAACGUACAUUGAAUGAAUUUUGAGUGUGUGUAUGCUUUGUAUGCAGAGCCAAACCCUCAAAAAUGCAGGUGUUUGCAGCGCUACUUUUGUCAAUUUUCCAGACCUCCCGAGCAGUCUUGGCACAUCUGGAGUUGGAUGUGCGCUCGUCUCUCGACGCAGCGCAGCGCUCUGUGUGGGCAGGUGUAUGUGGGAGCGGAGAACAGAUGAGGAGAGAAGUGGAUGAAAGACGAGUUUCUUAAAUCAGGAUGUGGGCGCGUUUGGCAGGUCCUUCGCUGGAGUGGUUUUGAAUGUUUUUUAUUGAUAUUAUAGGACCUUUUCGGUUUGGAUUUCCUGGGUUGCACGUGAAUGGUCCUCUGGUGUUGGAGGAUGUAGGCGUCAGGCUGUGGGUUUGGGUGAAAGGAGAUCGCUGCGACGUCUCCACCGUUCCUCCUCUGCUGCCAUGGCAACUGCUGUGCCUCGCUGUUUUAUUUAUUUUUUUAUUUUCUUGAAUUGCUGUGUGAGGAGGAAGAACCUACUUGAAUACCAACAGUGGUCAGGACACCCGGGAGGGCUGCGAAAGAACCUGCGUGUGUCACACAUUUGCACUUUGCUCUUUAGUCUUUUUAUUCAGAAUUAGAGGAAACUUUUAAAGAUGUUUUUAUGUAGUAAAACACAAAACAAAGAGUUAAGAUUUUAUUUACGGCUGAGGAAAUACUGGCAAUAUGUACAAGUAGCAACAAUUACAUUCAGAAAUGAGAAAAAGUUUAAAGCACAACUUGUCUUUGGACAUGUUAAAUUUCUGUACUUCUGAGAAAAAUCACACAAUUCGGUCCUGAAAAUUAAAAAAAAAAUGUCCAUAAAAUAUUUUUGCUUUGUAUACAAAUGUACAAAAUCAGCAAAAAAAACAACAACAACAUAUAAUCACGUAAUUUUGUUUAGCAACACAGAAAAUUAAACAGAAAACUGCCCAGUAGCACAGAUUUUUAUUAUUUUUUAUUUUUGCAAUGAUAAAUCAUCUUCAAUCAGUAGUUCAACAACAUAGCAGUUUCUAACUUACCCACCACGUGUCUCUGUCUCUGUCCUCAGCCAGAAAUGGUCUCAGGCGACCCCCACCAUCUCCAACCUUUUCAGCCUCUAAUAAAGCGUCUCAGCGUCUUGUCCUUUGUCUCUGUCUCCCUCCGCUGAUGUCCCUGCGCUCCCUCCGUCUGUCUCCAUCCUCACAUCUUGACGUCUCGCCCGCUCUCUGCCUCUCCGAGCUGCUGUGUGAGGUUUAUACAUUGGCGGGAGCGGUGACAGCGCCGCUCCGACUGUGUGCGUGUGCGUGUGUGUGUGUGUGUGUGUGUGUGUGUGUGUGUGUGUGCGUGUGCGUGUGCGUGUGUGUGUGUGUGUGUGUGUGAGCGUACGGCUGAGUGUCAGUUUUGCAUGUGCAUGUGUAGGACGAGGUGUCGUCUCCCUCGUAUGCGUCACACAUGCAGACACGCUUGCAGAGCGGGGUGGAUGUUGCGUAAGGACUGAAGGCGAGCUGUAGGAGUUCAGUGGGAAUUAUAUCAGGGUUUUCUCCAUCUUUCACACCUCACAGAGUGGGUGUUGUGGCUCGGCAGAGGAAUGCUGCAGUGUGAGAGGAUAUACGGGGUGUGUGUGUGCGUGUGUUAAGAGAAAGGAUGGAGUGAAACUGAGAAUAUAGCCGCCUCCAUCUGUCCUGGAGUCUCUUUUUUUAUACACAAGUUAGUAUACGAGCCUCUAAAAAGUUCGAGUUUUGCAAAUACUGGCAAGAUCAGAUAUUUAGUGAGCUGCAUUUUAAUGAGUGAAUUUCAAAUUCUGAUCUGUUACAGUGACUUUGGGACAUAUUGAACCUAUCCUUUCAAUAAAUUAAAUGUCUUUUUGCUUUAAGGGUCAAAAUCUUCAACCUUCUAAAUUAACAAAGCUACAUAAUUUUUUAUAUAAAUGGAAUAUGAAAAUCAUUGGUGAUCUGAAAUAUAAAAAGGAGGCUGGCAGUUUGUCCUGUAAAAAAAAAAGACAUACAAUUUCCUAAAUGUUUCAGGUUGUUUGUUUCCUAUUUCCUUGAUCUAGACUUUUUUUGUCUCUUCUCAGUAUAGGAGCAAUAGGAGCAGAGACAGAGAUCUGUUUCUUUAAAAAUUGCUGUAUUUAGCGAAGUUUAAUUAAUGAGUGAGAUGGAGUCAGUGUUUCAGUAAAAGCCACUGGAUCUUUCAGUCCUAUUUACUGAAGUCAAAACGAAAGCAAGAAAUAUGGCCCAUAAAAAUCCAAUGCUUUGUGUUCUAUUCAUCAUUUUAAGAUUUUGUCAGUGAAAAUUCCUACAUUAAAGAUAAGAAAGAGUAUCUACUUGAAUCUCUGAACCAUAGAUAUCCGUACUAACCAAAUUUGUUCCAUUCUUGAAUUGCACUUUAAGGCCACACAAAAUCAUUGUGAGGGCCACAAAUGGCCCAUCUACCGUACUUUGGACACCUUUGCCUUAGAGUCAUAUUCAGGAAUUUGUUUCUCUGAAAUAUUAUUGUAACCAAUAAUAAUAAUUUACCUGUUGUGCGUUUUUCCUCUUAUUGUGAUAACAAUAGAGACAAAAGGAAAGUUUUGCUGAAUUUUAUACCUUCUUGGAUAUCGUGAAUUUGUAAUAAACAGUUAUUCCUCACCAAGUUUGAUCUCUACUAAAUAAAAAAACUAAAAUCAGACGCCAUUAUUUUUCUAAAAUUAUAAAUGUAUGUUUU